CUUACAAAAGCAGUGCUGCCACUGAUCCACUGACUUUUGGAAAGCCGAUUUCUCUUCGCGUCGAACCAAAGGAUAAGCAUGCGGUACCACCUACUCUGUCAAUCCUGUCCCCUCACAUAGGUGAUGGACCACAGAUGUGCCUGGCUGCAGGGUUCUUUCCUAAACAGGGGAGCAUGACUCUGACUGGAGACGAGACUGUUUCUCAUGAAGCCAACAAGGCUGUACUGUCCACAACCAGCGGCACAUAUUACUAUGCUGGAUAUUCCACUGGAAACAUUGGACAAUGCAAGAUGAAUGGCAAAGACGCAAGCAAACAGAGUCCUGAAGAAAAAGGGAUAACAAAAGAACAAACCCAGAAUGAUUGUGAACCCCAAAGCAAAGCGACCAACAAGACUGAAGAGAUCAAUAAUACUGAUGACUUUAAGAGCAACUCACUGUCCUUGCUCGUGACAGGUCUUCGACUUCUGUUGGCUAAAGCUGUCGCGGUAAAUGUGAUGAUGACGAUUAAAGCAUUUCUUGCCUAAAGAAAAAAGUAACUGCAAUGCCUAUAACCUGCUGUUUGCUGAUAUCCAAUUAGUCUGAUGGCACAUUAGAAGAAAGCAGUACUGGUCACAUUUUUAAAGUAUACCAUGUUCAUAUCGCUGUUGUCAGAACAAAACCUUGUAUCUCCAUUUUUAAUGUUUUUCAG